CGUCCCUCUCUCAGCUGACACGGUCACAUGACACGAAGGGAACCGAAACCAAAAAGCAGAGAGACGGUGAAAACAAGAUGGUUCCGUGUCCUGUGCGUCCGUGAUCGCUCGGGAUAGCUCACCAGCACAGUCACUGUUCAUAAGCUGCUCGUAGCGAGAGGAGAGCGAGUAAACAGGUCACACGUGUUCAUGAGAACAACUCAGAGACACAGACCUCCAGAGAGCGGCCUUAUGUUGCGUGCACGUUAGCUAGCCAGCGAAAAUAUUAGCUAACUGAGCGCAUGCGCGUGUUAAGUAAAGGGCAGCCACAGUUUCCACAGGCGAGUCACAGAAACUCAACUUUGAAGUUUCCAUUUGGAGACGCGGGUUUAGUUGCGCAGCUCUUUAGCUCCGUGUGUGUUAGCAGGUAAGCUAGCUGUGUGUGAGACCAUGAGGCUGAGCGCGGUGCUCGUGUGUGUGUGUCUGCUCUGGGCUGAAGGCUCGCGGGGGGACACACCUGCGAACUGCACCUACGAGGAGCUGCUGGGGACCUGGGUGUUCCAGGUGUCCAGAGGAGGACACGACCGCACCGUCAACUGCUCCACUCAGGCUACAGGGGAGAGCGCCGUGACAGUGAACCUAGAAAAACUGUCUGUGGCCACGGACGAACUUGGGAACACUGGCUUCUUCACCAUCAUCUACAACCAGGGCUUUGAAGUGGUCAUCAAUGGCUACAAAUGGUUCGCCUUCUUUAAGUACUCUGAGGAGGGCUCUACAGUCACCAGCUACUGUGACCAGACCCUCCCAGGGUGGGUCCAUGAUGUCCUGGGAAACAACUGGGCUUGUUUUGUAGCAAAGAAGGUGAAACCAGUGCCACCCCGUGUAGAUUACAAACCACUUUUCAGCAGCAGGCUGCUCCAGAAACCUUACAAAAACAACAUGGACUUCAUUGAUUCCAUCAAUUCAGUUCAGAGUUCUUGGAAGGCUGUGUCCUACUCAGAGCACGAGACGUUCACUCUUCAGGAACUGCACCGAAGAGCUGGGGGACCCGCCUCCCGUAUCCCCUUGCGUGUGCGCCCCAUGCCUGUGAGCGCUGAAGUUGCCAAGAUUGCUGCAGCUCUACCUGAGCACUUUGAUUGGAGAAACGUUGACGGUGUAAACUUUAUCAGCCCUGUGCGAAACCAAGCAUCAUGUGGCAGCUGCUACGCCUUCGCCUCCAUGGGGAUGUUAGAGGCUCGCAUCCGAGUCCUCACAAACAACAGUGAGACCCCCGUCUUCAGUCCGCAGCAAGUGGUCUCCUGCUCUCAAUAUUCUCAAGGUUGUGACGGUGGGUUCCCAUACCUGAUCGGGAAGUAUGCGCAGGAUUUCGGCAUAGUGGACGAGUCAUGCUUUCCGUACGUUGCAAAGGACACUCCUUGUGGCAUUCCUAAAAACUGCGUCCGCGCUUACACGGCAGAGUACAGUUACGUCGGUGGGUUUUAUGGCGGCUGCAGUGAGAUGGCCAUGAUGUUGGAACUGGUCAAGAAUGGACCCAUGGGAGUGGCGUUUGAGGUCUACGCUGACUUCAUGAACUACAAGGAGGGCAUCUAUCACCACACAGGCCUCUCAGAGCGCUUCAAUCCCUUCGAGCUGACCAACCACGCUGUGCUGUUGGUGGGAUACGGCCGCUGCCACAAGACCGGGCAGAAGUACUGGAUUGUCAAGAACAGCUGGGGCACUAGCUGGGGCGAGGACGGCUACUUCCGAAUCCGCCGCGGAAGUGACGAGUGCGCCAUCGAGAGCAUCGCAGUCGCAGCUAAACCUAUCCCCAAACUGUAGACGCAGUAAAGUCAGGAUGGGAGGAGUGGGUGUCCUGAAGUGGACUCUCAGUAGCACAACUUUCUUGAUCUGGUUUCAAUGUGUGCUCCAGAGGUUGAAAUUUUGAAGCUAAAUCUUUAACUUUUUUGACAUCAUAUGGAACGAUGUCUCAUUUCUCUUAUCCAACAAGCAGAUGUCAAGAACUAAUGUGCUUAAAAACUGCUCAGCAUUCAAAUGAAAAAUAUCAAAGUGAAAUAAUCCUCCAAAAAACAAAAGUGGCACAUUUCACAAGACAAAGUGUUUUAAUAUGUUCUUUUUAAAGCCUAAAGCAAGACUUUUGAGCCAGAUUAUUCUUAAGUCAAGUGUCACAUGUUUACAUGUUGACAGUGGAUCCCAAUGAUUUUAUUGUUUCUGUGUUUAUUCUGGAAAGAUGGUUUAUGGGAAUAACAUGUAAAAAAAAAAAGACAAGACAAAGUUCAGUAUUAUGCUGUGAAAGCUUCAUUUAAUAAGAGUUGGAAUUAGGGACACCAACACUUCUGUUUUAUGGUUGAUUUUUAAGUGUUGAUGCAUGCAGGUCACUUUUCACUAUUGAACAAUCGCUGAUUCGCUGCCGAUUAAUAAUUUAAUUCAAGCUUUAACUGCCGAUGCAGACUUGGAAUCAAUGCAAUCAAUGGAUCGGUACAUACUUAGUACUACAUAGUGAUGAAUCAUAAGAGGAUAUAACAUUUCAAGGCAAUUACCAAAAUGUAGAGGUGGAUUUUUGUGUUUGUCAGGUGCAGGACCUUGUUUGUUAGUAUCAGGGAAGCUCAGGGGAGAACUGCAGUAUCUUCAAUUCUUGCGUCAAAAAAUUGUAUUUGUGGAACAUUUAUAAGGGAUUUCAUUUCAAAGGGAUUCAUCUGGAUGUAGUGCCUUUGAUUCUGCCUCUUUUUUAGCCUUGUUUGAUUGAAAGCAUGUGUUUUACAUUGUGUUGUGAGAUUUGCACUGAUGGAAUAAAAGAAUUUCGUGAA